AUCAGAACACAUAGAGUAUUCAAACGAAAAUAAACAUCAAUCAAAAAUUAUAGCCUAAAUGAAGUGUAUUCUAUUGUUCGCAGCUUGUGUUGGCAUUUUAGCUAUUGCUUCGGUAACAGAAGCUCAGCCGCAACGAGUUUAUGUGCAAAAAUUGUCAUAUUAUCCACCUUCCACCCGGGCACCUCAGAUCAUGAGAGCGCGACGUUCUCCCGAUAGUCCUCCACCAAGCUCUGGCAUUAAAAUUAAGACCAACUCGGUGAGCAGCAAUAUAUUCACCAGCCCCUCGAACAAAUUGGAUGGUACCGUGACCCAAAGUAAAACCUAUUUUCCCAAUGGACAAUUUUCAGAAUCCUCCUCGGGUUCUUUGGACUGGAAGAACUCCCUGGGCGUUGGUGGUUCGUUGAGUCGUGAUAUUACCACGGGUCACAGCGAUUCUUUUACCAAAUCGUUGGGUGUCAACAUCUUCAACAAUGACAGAAACAGUCUCGAUGCCAUGUAUUCACAGUCGCACACAAAACUGAACAAUGGUUUUGGUUUCAACAGAGAAGGUGGCUCGCUGAAAUGGACCAACGAAGGUGGACAUGGUCUGAAUGCUGGUGUUACGCGUUUCGAAGGCAUUGGCAAGCAGGCCUCUAUUGUUGGCAAUACAAACCUUUUCACCUCCAAUGAUGGCAAUACUCGCUUGGAUGCCUAUGGUUCCGGUACGAAAUGGUUAAAUGGUCCAUUUGAAAAUCAAAGAGAAUUCAACUUCGGCUUUGGUGGAAGUCAUGCAUUUAAGGGUUAAUCGAAGAAAUAUAAUUUAAGAUUUAAAAAAAUAAUAGAAAUGAAAAAUAAAUAUUUAUUAUAUGAAA